GUCAGCUUGCGGGCAAGUUUAGCAGUGUGCUGCUGCUGCAUCGACCUUGGCUAGUUGAAGAUGGCUGGGAAGGCGUGGAGGUCAGCGAUUCUUAACCUACUAAAACAGUGGGGUUUAUGGCUCAAUGGCAAGGAUAAAAUCAAGGCACAGGAAGUGUCACGGGUGGUUGGAGCUUUGAAUAGAGAGCCUCCACAACCCAGGACAUUCACCCGUGGGCUUCAAACUGUUACUUUAAUCCCGGGUGAUGGAAUUGGUCCUGAGAUCUCCACCGCUGUCAUGAAGAUAUUUGAAGCAGCUAAAGCACCUAUUCAGUGGGAAGAGAGAAAUGUUACAGCCAUACAAGGACCUGGUGGCAAGUGGAUGAUCCCUCCUGAUGCCAAAGAAUCGAUGGACAGGAACAAAAUUGGCCUAAAAGGCCCUUUAAAGACACCAAUAGCUGCUGGUCAUCCAUCUAUGAACCUGCUGCUGAGGAAAACCUUUGACCUCUAUGCGAAUGUGCGCCCCUGUGUGUCCAUUGAGGGCUACAAGACCCCGUACACUGACGUGAACCUGGUCACCAUCAGGGAGAACACUGAGGGAGAAUACAGUGGCAUUGAACAUGUGAUUGUUGAUGGAGUUGUACAAAGCAUUAAGCUCAUUACAGAGCAAGCCAGCCAACGCAUCGCAGAGUAUGCUUUUGAAUAUGCCAGAAAUAAUAAGAGGGCCAGCGUUACUGCUGUUCAUAAGGCCAAUAUUAUGCGCAUGUCCGAUGGGCUUUUCCUACGCAAAUGCAGAGAGGCAGCUGAAAAGCACAGAGAUGUGAAGUUCACUGAGAUGUACUUGGAUACUGUGUGCCUUAAUAUGGUACAGGAUCCCACACAGUUUGAUGUCUUAGUGAUGCCAAAUUUGUAUGGAGACAUCUUGAGUGAUCUUUGUGCUGGACUGAUUGGAGGUCUUGGAGUUACUCCUAGUGGAAACAUUGGCGCCAACGGUGUUGCAAUAUUUGAGUCGGUUCAUGGAACGGCCCCAGAUAUUGCAGGAAAAGACUUGGCCAACCCCACCGCCUUGCUGCUUAGUGCGGUCAUGAUGCUGCGCCACAUGGGCCUGCAUGGCCACGCCAACAAGAUCGAGACUGCAUGCUUUGACAUCAUUCGAGACAAAAAGGUUCUAACAAAAGACCUGGGAGGAAACUCAAAGUGCUCAGAAUUUACAAACGCAAUAUGUCAACGAGUGCAGGAGCUGGCCUAAAGUGAUGCUAACCGGGCCACGAGUUGAUUGGUUGGGUCUCUUUACUCCAUCAUGUCACGCUGUAUCUGCACAUUUUUAACCAUAGUAUGUAUUUUUUUUAAAAAGACUCAGGAGUUAGGGUGUGUGUCCACAUAGCAUUUUUUUGUUUGGUAGAAAGGCAGUGGCAGGGUGCUCAUUUCAAAAAAAGGUUCAUCUCUAUAAAAAGAGCUGAUCCCUAAAAGUAAAUGGUGAUAAAAGCACAACACUCACCAGCAAAAUUUGGCUGAUAUGCUCUCACAAUUGGGCUUUUCUGUCUUUGUUGUGAUUGGAUUUGGCUGAGAUAUGAUACAGCUCGGGACAGAAAAUAGCUAAAAGAGUGGCAGUAAUCGCAUCAG